GGUUUCCUCUCCGCCGCUCAGAGCUGCUGCUGCGUCUCCAGACACUUCCUGAGCCGAGCACCGAGCCGCCGCUAUAUCACAGCACAGCGGCUAUCUGUCGUCGAGAGCGGGGGGACAAGAUGAGGAACAAAGAUCUUUGGGAGGGAACGUGAGGCUCCACUCGCAGACGUAAAGAUGACAUAAACUAAGGAUCUGCCUGGAACUGUCUCCCCGUUUGUCUUUUGUUUCUGUUUUUAUUUUUGUUCUUGUUGUAUUUAGUUUUUCUUGUUGCCCCACCUGUCUUACCAAGUGUAUCAGUAGUUUUACUCGGAUGAAUUGUUAAUGUAUCGCACUACUGUGUAAGGGACUGGCCUCUUCACUCCUCUUGUCUGCCUCCCAUUUAUCGCUGAGAUUCGAGAUAGCAAUAGAGGUAUCAAAGGUCUUGACAAAUCUGCACUUAUCAUAUCUACAUGGAAUUAAUUACAGCACUUUCCAUGCAACAGACUUUACAGAAAUCCUUUCCUGUGCAUUAAUUUAAUUUAAUUGUUGUUGCCUCCUUGUUCAAGCAAGGUGUGUUGACUUUUUUUGUUCAUACUUAAAAUGGAUCAUUUUUAAUGCAACUAAGUUUCACUUUUGUCUUUUUGUGUAAUUAUUUAAAGAUUUGUUGUUAUUGUCAAGUAGCUGCUUAGCUGCCUUAUAUUGCUCUCAGUAUAGGUGGCAUCAAGUUUAAAUGUCAACUUAUUUUUAUACAUAUGCAAUCUUUGUGAAGAACACUUUUGUUUGUUUAAAUGACUGAUUUUACAUCUUGAAACUCUAUUGUCUUUGAAUAUGUUGAAGUAUUUCCCAUCCACCUAUCGGCUGGCAGCAGACUGUAGAAGCUCUUCAGAUCAAACUGUGAUGGGAGUUUUCCAACUGUGACCCUGAAAUGACUGAAACUUAGUGGUUCCAUUUCACCGGAGGAUUACGCAGAAAAACAGGAGGUUUGAACUGGAACUAGUUCUUUUUUGCUUUGAAAUGAAGAAACAUAUCUGAAAGGGACAAGUAAGAACCAAGCGUGUUUGUUUUUUUGUGACUUUGCGAGCACCGAACAGAACAACUGAUUUUUAAGAGAUUUUAAUUUUCCCGAAGAGCGGCCAGACGACUGACACUCUUCCAGCCUGGGACCGUCGGAAACCAUCACGUAAAGUCGGUCCGGCCGAUAAACUUCCCCCACAUUGAGCAGUGAAGAUGCGAUCCCCGGAACCGUCCUCGCCCUCCCCGGCAGAAGCCCUCCUUCACGGCCAGUUCGUCAGCUGGGGGUCCGGCGGCGGCAGCAACAAUAACAGCUGCCCCAACAGCCCCGGCGGUCCGGGAGGGCUCUCCCCCGCCGCCUCCCCGACCCCGGCGCCGUCGUCCAACUACGCCUUGACCCUCACUCACACCCACAUACACGUCCAGCGCCUGUCGCCGCGGCCGGGGAAAGAAGCCCGCCUCCUGCUGCCCCUGUCGGAGCUGGUGGGGUGCAGCUGCCCCCGGGCCCCCGCCCCCCCUCUGCUGGUGCUGUACUGGUACCCGCCGGGAAAACGGCGGAAAGGAGUGUCUCGGCGCCGGCAGGUGAGGGCCUACCUGGCAGAGAGCAGGCCCGAGGCCGAGCGGUGGUCGGCUGCCGUGCAGUGUCUGCUCAGGGGGGUGACCGUCACUGCUGACACAGAAUUUUCAAGAAGUCUGCUACCUCGACCCCGGCGACUACUGUUACUGGUCAAUCCCUUCAGUGGAAGGGGCCAGGCCAUGCAGUGGUGCCAGACUCACAUUCUGCCAAUGAUAAGAGAGGCCAACAUCAGCUACAACCUCAUUCAGACAGAACGUCAGAAUCAUGCCAGAGAGCUCAUCAGAGAGAUUUCUCUCCCGGAGUGGGACGGCAUCAUUAUCGUCUCUGGGGACGGCCUGCUGCAUGAGGUCAUUAAUGGCCUGAUGGAGCGCCCAGAUUGGGAACAAGCAAUAAAAACACCGGUCGGCAUUCUACCCUGCGGCUCUGGGAAUGCCCUGGCUGGCUCCAUCAACCACCACGCAGGGUAUGACAUGUGCCUUCGUGAGCCUCUCCUCCUGAACUGCUGCUUUCUGCUCAGCCGGGGCGGCGUCCGGCCCAUGGAUCUGGUCUCUGUGACGACCAGCCCGGCUCCCUCGAACAACAGCCGCGCUGCAGCACCCAGGAGACUUUUUUCCUUCCUCUCUGUCGCCUGGGGCUUUGUGUCCGAUGUGGACAUUGAGAGCGAGAGGUACCGUGGCCUGGGCUCAGCUCGCUUCACCCUGGGCACCUUGGUGCGAAUUGCUUCUCUGCGAUCCUACAAAGGUCGUCUGUCCUACCUGCCUCCCUCCAUGGUCGCCACGUCGCCAGAUGCCACACCUCCCCCACCCAGGAGGCCGCUCUCCCGCAGCAUCACCGAAGGCCUCGAGGGCUUCUGUCGAACACCCAUCCAUCGCACCUGCUCCGACAUGGGCAUCAGUGAGCAGAGGAGUCUCCGGAGAGGCGAGGGAGAGAGGGAGAAAGAGGAGAGGCAGAGGGAAAGGGAGAGAAGAAGGGAGAGAGCCAGGGGAGGAGGGACUGGUGUGGUAAGGGCAAGCAGCUUGGCAGAAGACAGAGAGAGGGAGGGGGAGAUGGAGAUGGAGGCAGAGGAAGAGAAGUCGGGGACCUGCUCGGAGAGGUCAGGAACAAGUUCGGAAUCAAAUGAGAGAGAGGAGUGCCUCAUGGGGAGGGAGGACAGGUUAUCGAGGAUUAAGGAUGAAGGGGAGGAACAGGGAACGAUCGAGCAAGACUCUGGCGAGAUGGAGGACGAGGAAGAAGACCUGGGGAAGGAUGGGGAGGGCAGCGGGGGUUCGAUGGAGGGGGAGGGAGUGUUGCAUGCUAGAGAGCUGGGAGAUAGCUAUGGCGUGGACAUGGGGCGGGAGGCGGAUGAAGAGCCAGACGACCAGGAUGAGCUUCUCCAAACCAGGCAAGCAUUAAGAAAGAACUCCGCCCCUUCCAGCCAGAUCGCCAACGCUCUGUUCAGCCAGCCCCUCAGUCAGCAGGUGGAGUCAGAUUCCGGUACCUCGUUUGGGGACGAGGACAUGGACUUGAAUGGGACGUACUAUCAGAAGGAACCUUACCCACUGGACGUUGCUCGGGAGCGAGCCCUCACCAUCUCCUCGCCCUUUCGCCACUCUCCUUUCUCCUACAAGCCCAAGAACUUGGACCAAAACCAAAACGCCUCCCGGCCGAGGCCCCUGUCACUCCUCCAACACUCCCACUCAAACUCACUCCCUCCUAAACUCCCCUCCCUCUCCCUGUCUCUGUCACCCACGCCUCCAUCCUCCCCUUCUUGCGCAUCCCCACACGCUUCAUCCUACCUCACCCCCCGUCCGAAUACCCCGAGCUCCAGCUCGCCGUCCCCCUGUUUACGCACGCCGUCCUCUUCUUUUAACUUUGAUAUUGCUGAACCAGCAGGACCGCUCAAGAACCGUCCAUUUGUCUCACUGCCUUUAAAUCUACCAAGAGAUGACUUGUUACCGCCCCUCGACCAGCCCCUCCCCACAAGAGACUGGGUCACCAUCGAAGGGGACUUCGUCCUCGUCCUCGCCCUUUAUCAGACCCACCUCGGGGCCGACCUCCACGCUGCACCCCAGGCCAGGUUCGACGACGGGCUGAUCCACCUGACCUUCGUGCGGGCGGGGAUCUCCAGAGCCACACUACUGAGACUGUUCUUCGCCAUGGAACGAGGAACCCACCACUCCGUCAGCUCGCCGUACGUGAGCCACGUCAGCUGCAGGGCCUUCAGACUGCAGCCUCUGUCCGCACGGGGAACGCUCACCGUGGAUGGAGAACUCGUCCCCUACGGGCCUCUGCAGGCGCAGGUUCAUCCUUCCAUGGCCCGUCUCAUAGUCGGAGAUUCAGGAGUGAAGAUCACCAGAUUCUGAUUCAGGGAAUGGUUGAAUUGAUUGACAUAUCAGCAGUCUACUGAAUUACAUCAUAUCUAUGUUGCCAUCGACACUCUAUGAGAGAGGUUGAGAUACUUAACGUAGCCAGAACAGCAGAAACUGCUUUUCUAGGGAUUAAUGAAAGGGAUAACCCACCGAGCCACGCAUCAUUGGAGCAUGACUGCAGGGAUUAUUAGCGAAUUUGAAAAUGGAUGAGAAAUGCGCCUCAUUGCACAGCUGCAGGAUUACGCUCGGGGAGCGUACCCUGACAAGCAUGAAAAACUGCACAGCCCGGGAUAAUAAGAGGGAAAAACAAUCGAAUGUUUAUGGUUUCGUUUGUGCAGAUAGUGCAUGUGUUGGAUGUAUACGUAGUAGUAUGCAUGCAGAGACGCACUGCCUGAUUUUUUUUUAUUUUUUAUUUUUUUUGCCUUACAAUGAGAGUGAGGGAAUCAGCCUAAAUUCACAGAAAGUUGUUUUCUAAGCUCGACAUCUUACAGACUUAACAAUGAGAUUAAAUCGUGCCAGUUCUCGAUGAAAAUUCACCCCUCUCGCUGUCUAAGUGUUUGAAUAGAAAAGCUGAACUCCCUCAGAGGAUUGCCUUAUCUGCACUGUACAUUACAGUUGUACCUUUGCCCUCUUGUCUGAAGACGCAAAAUCUUAACCUCUGUCCACCUAUCAGAGUCCACCCUCCACAUGAAAAACAAAGCUGUUCUUAUAAAUUCAGAGAUACUGGUAAAAGCCACCUACCUAAUGUUGUCUUUAAGCAUGCUACAUAGCCACUGUUCACUGUCAGUGGAGGAAAAUGCAGUCGUCAAGUGUUUGCUUGCUCAUGCAAGUGAUUCAGCGCAGGGCAGCCAGAUGAAGCUUUUUGUGUUAUUAGUAGAAACAAUGGGGCCGUUGAACGGUGACCAUCACUGACAUUUUUAUGUAAUCUGCCUGUUUUUCUUAGCCAAUGGAUGCACGAAGACGAUAUCAGUGAUGUCAGUUUUUGUAGCAUAUUGAACAUAAAUUGUCUGAACAAAGCAAGCUUUUUAUGCCAGUGCUUUUAGCCUGUUCGUUUCCAGAAAAUCUCAGAAUCACAGCCUUAGGCCUCAGCACUAUUUAGUGUCUACAAUACGUCACUUGUCUCUGAGUAACCAUCUUUCAAAGUGUAAUUAGAAGACAUUACUUGCCUCAGAUAAGGUGUAAGUAGUGCAUUUAUUUUGCACAAAACUGGAGUUGAGACAGCACAGAGAAUCACAACACUAGAAUGCAUAACAUAUUUUAGCUACGGCCUAAAGAGUAACACUGAGUCAGACACUUAGUUCCAAGAAGUGAAUGCACUAGAAUUUGGAGCCAACUCCAGCUACUAAUACAUGGAUUUCAUGACAUUCAUUGCCUGGAAUUAGCUACAUGUUGGUAUUUGAACCCUCAUAGCUUUCAGAAAGUGUAACUGACUUUUGACAAAAUCAUUUAGAAACUUUAAAAACCUGCUGCAGAGUUGAACAGGGACACGCAAACAACUAAAGUCCAGCCGAGCCGCAGUGUCAGAUCACAUAUUGGAACAUGAGAUCAUUUGGUUGAAAACAACACAAAAAAACACAGUUGAGAAUUAACCAGCAGCAUCCAGCACCGACUUGUGAAGAAAGUGAAUGUCAGGGCUGUGAAAUAUUUGAGAAUUAAAGAAAAAAAAAAAGAUGCGAUCCUAAAUGAAACCAACCAGUGUCCUGAAUGGGGAAUUAUUGUGUUGUAGAAAUGAAUUUUUUGAUGAUAAAACUUGCUGAUAUACUCAGUCUUGACAAAGUGUAAAUCAUUAGCAUGUGCAAUGCACCAAUCAGUGAGACCACGUGCCAACUGCUUGGGCCAUCAUCGACUUACUGUAACGUCUCGGUCAUGCCUGGACAAAUCAAUGCCUUUGUGAAAUAAAGCCUGUAAAUUCUGGCUGUUGAUCAUGAACUGUUUAAACCUGACUGCAGAA